CUUGUUUGGUGGGUCUAGAUAGCCCGCCUAUUUUUUUUUUUUGUACAAUUAUCUUAAUAAAAUCCCUUAACCACAGUGCUAGCCUUAUGCCUAACCUAAAUUAAGACCAAUAAGUAAGUUUUGUUGUAAUACAUUUUUAUGAUAUUGCCAAUUGUUACUUCGUGGCUAUAGUAACUAGCUAGUGGAAAAUGCUUUACAUCGAUACGGUACCCUAUCACAUAUUCUAUGCGGUAACGUUAGUUGACUUCAGUGGUUUCCUUGCAGAAUCCUGAUAUUUGUGAGUGAUCAUGGCUGCUACUACUUCAGCCGCGGUUACAGAAUCUCCUGGGCUAGAGACUCAACGCAAAGAAAUCGAGUCUAUGCUUCAGGAACAUGAACUCUGUGCAGGGGAUACUUGGUACCUGGUGGAAAGGCGAUGGUAUGAGCAGUGGAAGGAGUAUGUGGUGACAGGAGACCAGAACUCCUCAUCUUUCCCUGGACAGAUUGACAACACAGAGCUGUUUGAGGAACUGGAUUCCUACCAUCUGAAGGAGCGUCUGGUGGAGAAUGAGGACUUUGUGUUGAUCCCUGCCGAAGCAUGGCGCAAUCUGCUGGCCUGGUAUGGCAUGGUAGAUGAUCAGCCUGCCCUGGAGCGGAAGGUGGUGGAUCUACCCAGCACAGUCAAGGUUGAGGUCUAUCCUGUGGAAAUCUUCCUGUGUCUCCAUAGCAACAUGGAAAAUGUUGUGACCGCACAGUUUAGCCGUGCAGAUCAUAUCCAUACGAUUCAGAAGGUGAUGAUGAAGCAGUUUGAUGUUGUCGAGAGAGCAGAGACCCGGCUGUGGAUGAAGAGCUCAGACACCUGCUGUGAGAGGCUGCGGAACGUUCACGUCAAUGUCCUCGACUCCAGCCUAAGCUCUGGCAUGACGGUGAUCAUGGAGAUGAGGAAUGAAGACGGUACCUGGCCCAGCUCCAGACCGCAGAUCAUUAGGAACUCUGUGGAGGAGCAGGAAUCAUACCGAGGCCAGCCAGGAGUCUGUGGCCUCACCAACCUAGGAAACACAUGUUUCAUGAACUCUGCCCUGCAGUGUCUCAGUAACACCCCUCCACUGACUGAGUACUUCCUGCAGAGUGCCUAUCUGGAGGAGCUCAACUUCACCAACCCUCUGGGCAUGAAGGGGGAGAUAGCAGAGGCCUACGCUGAUGUCAUCAAACAGAUGUGGUCAGGGAGGCACUACUCUGUAGUUCCCCGGCUCUUCAAGACCAAGGUUGGCCACUUUGCCUCUCAGUUUCUUGGCUACCAGCAGCAUGACUCCCAGGAGCUGCUCUCCUUCCUGCUGGAUGGGCUUCAUGAGGAUCUCAACCGGGUCAAGAACAAGGAGUACAUUGAGCUGAGGGAUGCCGAUGGUAGGCCUGACCAGGAAGUGGCAGAGGAAGCGUGGAAUAACCACCGGCGACGUAACAACUCUGUAAUUGUUGACACCUUCCACGGGCUGUUCAAGUCCACCCUGGUUUGCCCCGAGUGCCGCAAAGUGUCGGUCACCUUUGACCCCUUCUGCUACCUCAGUGUGCCCCUGCCUGUUAGCAAGGACCGGGUGAUGGAGGUCUUCUUCGUUUCUCUGGAUCCUGUGGCCAAACCUGUUCAGCAUCGCUUGGUUGUACCCAAAGCUGGAAAAGUGUUUGACCUGUGCUCCGCUCUCUCGGAAAUGACCAACGUCUCCGUUAAUCAAAUGGUUGUGGCUGAUGUGUUCAACCACCGCUUCUAUAAGAUCUACCAUGCUGAUGAGUCUCUAAGCUGCAUCCUGGACCGGGAUGACAUAUUUGUGUAUGAGCUGAGCAGUGGCUCUGUGGAGGAGGAGGGGGAUGAGGUGGUGCUGGCUCUGUACCUGAGGGAGCGUUCUCAUUACAGGGACUCCGGCUCAGGGAGUAGCAGCUGCGGUACGUCCCUGUUCGGACACCCACUGCUCAUGGCUGUGCCUCGAGUCCAGUGCAGCCGCAACGCCCUCUAUCACCUCUUCCUGCAGCGGCUAGCACGGUAUGUCCGACCACCAGAUCCCUCAGAGGAGGAUGAAGAUGACGAAGAACUUUACAAGAUCCAGACCAAUGGUGUCAGCGAUGAUGAUGGUGAGGAUAAUGGUAUGAGGCCAGGACCCUUUAAGAGAGAUGACUGUUGUGAUGGUGGCCAAUGGGAUGGCCCUGCUGUGACCCAAACUCAGCCAGAGCAGACACAAACCCAGGAGUCUGGAAAACAGGCUCAGGCUGAGGGGGCCAGUGGAGAAGUCAGGGCAGGGUGCAGCACAAAGGACAGUGCCUCGGCAUCCUGUAGUGCUGGAGCCAGUGCUGGAGUUCCAACAAACAGCCAGCAGGGUGCAGGCCUUCAGCAGCAGCAGCCAUGUGAGACUGAGGAAGAGGAGGAGAAGGGUGAGUGCCCCCCGCAGACCAACGAGAGGCAGGCCAAGAGGAAGGGCUACCAGGCCAGACGCAGAAAGUUGCUCUUCUCCAUCCACGCUGUCAACUCCAAUGGCACUACGGAGAGAGGCAUGGGAGAGGACGGCAGUGCCUUCUCUUUUAGCUCUCAACCAUAUGUGGCCAUUGACUGGGAUCCUGACAUGAAGAAGAAAUGCUACAAUGAGAAUGAGGCAGAGAAGUAUGUAAAACACCAAAGCAUGGAGGUCCCUCAUCAGCAGACCACAGUGCAGCUGCAGGAGUGCAUAGAGCUCUUCACCACUGUGGAAAUCCUGGAGGAAGAAAACCCCUGGUACUGCCCAAUAUGUAAGAAACACCAACUGGCCACUAAGAAACUGGACCUGUGGUCACUGCCUGAGGUUCUCAUCAUCCACCUGAAACGCUUCUCCUACACCAAGUACUCCAGGGAGAAGUUGGAUAUCAUCGUUGACUUUCCUCUCAGACACCUCGACUUCUCAGGUUGUCUGCUGAGGAAGACUGGUACAAACGGAGAGCCACCCAGCCGAUAUGAUCUAAUAGCAGUUUCCAACCACUACGGCGGACUCCGAGAUGGACAUUACACCAGCUAUGCCCGGAACAAAGACAAUGGACAAUGGUAUUACUUCGAUGACAACAAGGUGACGUAUGCAAGGGAGGAACAAAUUGUGACUAAUGCUGCCUACCUCCUGUUCUACCACCGACAAGACAAGAUUCGUCAGCCCACCUUACCUCCCCCCUCGGACAGCUCCUCCUCUCCCACCCAGCCUGCUAAUGUCACUUCCCACAAACAUGAUGGGAUGGAGAGAGCCACUUCCUGUGUCAACAUGGAAACAGACUGAAGCAGAUUUUUUUUUUUUGUAAUCUUUUUUUUCUCCGAGUUGAUGGGGCUUUGAAUUUAUAUUUUUUAUUUUCUAUUCCAAAAAACUUGAACCGUCUGCCUCUCCUCUGCAUUGAACAAGGUGUGAGAAGUGGAGGCUAGAUUCUCAGGCUGGUGCAGAAGCGUGAGGAAGGCAAUUUAUGCUUCUUCUACAUUUUUUUUAAUGAUCUAGUAAAUCUGGGGAGACCAUUGUCAUAGAAGAAUGUUGAAUGAUGAUAUCUGGUAUUGCUUAACCACAGACUAAGGUAUGUAGUAUCUGUCUAUGCUGAUGCAUAAUGGACCCCUUAGUGUUUAGACAUAAGCAAUUAUAAUUUAGUUGGUUCAAUCAAGACCUAUGAAUUGUGAAUAUCUGUGCACCAAUAUUCAUCUCUGCUAUGAUGCAUUGCUGCAAAUAUUACCUCAAACUUUGAUUACUGCUGUUGAGCUCAAUUCGAGGAAGAUUUCCUUGAGGAUCUUUGAAUAGAAUUGAAUACAUUUUGCUUUAGAAGGUAAAUCACUAACGACACGGAUAACUAAUUCAGUUUACUCCUGAUUUAAAAAUGAGAUUACAUUCCCCUGUUACUCAAUGUUCUUUAUAUCAGGGACUGCAUUUACAGAAAGAGAAACAUUGCAAUGUGAUUUAUUUACACUACAUGGCCCAAAGUAUGCUCGUCAAACAACGUAUUCCAAAAUCAUGGACAUUAAUAUGAUUUUGGUCCCCCCUUUGCUGUUAUAACUGCAUCCACUCUUCUGGGAAGUCUUUCCCCUAGAUGUUGGAGCAUUGCUGUGUGGACUUGCUUCCAUUAAGCCACGAGCAUUAGUGAGGACGGGCACUGAUGUUAUGCGAUUAGGCCUGGCUUGCAGUCGGUGUUGCAAUUCAUCAAAGGUAUUCGACGGUUUGAGGUCAGGGCUCUGUGCAGGCCAGUCUAGUUCUUCCACACUGAUCUCAACCAACCAUUUCUGUAUGGACCUUGCUUUGUGCACGAGGACAUUACCAUGCUGAAACAGGAAAGGGCCUUCCCCAAACUGUUGUCACAAAGUUGGAAGCACAGAAUUGUCUAUGAUGUCGCUGUAGCAUUAAGAUAUCCCUUCACUGGAACUAAGGGGCCUAGCCCGAACGAUGAAAAACAGUCCCAGACCAUUAUUCCUCCUCCACCAAACUUUACAGUUGGCACUAUGCAUUUGGCCAGGUAGCGUUCUCCUGACAUCCGCCAAACCCAGAUUUGUCCGUCGGACUGCCAGUUGGCGUGAUUCUUUACUCCAGAGAACGUGUUUCCACUAGCCCAUAGUCGUCUACUCCAGCCGAUGCUUGGCAUUGCGCAUGGUGAUCUAAGGCUUGUGUGCGGCUGCUUGGCCAUGGAAACCCACUUCAUGAAGCUCCCGACGAACAGUUAUUGUGCUGAUGUUGCUUCCAGAGGUAGUUUGGAACUCGGGAGUGAGUGUUGCAACUGACAGACAGACAGCGUUUACGCUCUACUUGCUUGAACACUUGAUGGUCCCGUUCUGUGAGCUUGUGUGGCCUACCACUUCGCGGCUGAUCUGUUUUUGCUCCUAGACAAUUUCCGCUUCACAAUAACAGCACUUACAGUACAGGCCAUUCUACUGUCAAUAUUUUCAUAUGGAGAUUGCAUGGUUGUGCUCGAUUUUAUACACCUGUCAGCAACGGGUGUGGCUGAAAUAGCUGAAUCUACUAAUUUGAAGGGGUGUCCACACACUUUUAGCCAUGUAGUGUAGAACAAAGGUAAACAAAAGACCGUAGUAUUCGAAACAAACACUUUGAAUACAGUUGCAGGUGCCAUGGAAUAGCUUUGUAUAUUUUCUCUUGUGAUCCAUUUUUUUUUAAUUAUCAGAGCAGGUAUUUGUUUUUACUUCACUUACAAAUACACAUUGGGCAUCAGCACUUCUGCAGAUCUUCCAUUUCUGGUUAGGAUUAUCUUUCCACUAUCAAGAAUGAUUUUGAUCAUCUCUGGUGCAGGACAUUAACAGAUGCAUAUUCUUGGGAUUUAAAAGGAAUUUGUACUCUUAUCUUAGUAAAAGCAUAUAGCUACACAUUUACAAUUUAGGUAUCACAGUUGUAUUAUAGUCUGCGCAAUUUCUUAAUGAAGAGUAAUGAGAAAUACAGCAAAGUGCUUUCUGGAUAGAGCUCUUAAAUUAUUUUUAAAGCCCAACUGUACAGUAUUUUUGUAUUGUAAUAAAUGUAUUCUUUGAUCAUCUGGAUCAGAUGCAGGGGAUUGCCGAUUUAUUUACUUUACUUAAUAAUAGAUGGAAUAUUUAUUGUAUAAUCUUUUGUAAUUAAUACAUUCUGAUUCUGAUGACAAUAGUCAGGUAGAUUUUUCACUUUUACAUGACAGCCUGGCUUUCCUGAUAUCUUUUUAACAAAUUAUCAGGAUUCAUAAACCCUUGAUCUAAGGUGGCUGUGAGAGCUGGUUAACUCUAGCCCAUCUCUAGAGAUGUACUGCAGUUUAGAUUGGGCUGUGGCCAUACUCUGAUUCCCAAGGCCUGCUUCGUUUGGGUUCUUUAUUUCCCUGAUAUAGUAAUAUACAGUAUAUAGGAACAUAAUACUGUCAGGAAACCUGUGAAAGGACAAUCUUCAAAUUUGUCACAUUGGUACAGUAUGUUAAAGCACAAUUUUGUAUAGAAAACACCUUUUGGUUUCUACUGUAAACAGUGAGCUAACAUGCAUGUGGUUAAUACCAACCUGUCUACACAAUUAUCUUGCUCACCAACACCUGUUUGAUCUGAAAUUGCUGUUCACAAUUUAGCAGCCAUUUUGUACAAGGGAGUGACCGGAAUGUUAUAUUUAGUGUUAACACAUGAUUGGUGAUACUGCUGUAAAUGUCUGGGCUUUUAGUGGGAACAGAGGAAGAACUCUCCAAGGUGGCUUUGUGCUUUUUCUGAACUAUCUGGAAUAGACGACAGGUUGCCGUAACAAACAAAUUCAUUGGUCCUCCCAAACUACUUAGCAUCCAGUAUGAUACACAGGGAGCCUAACUCAGAUAUUUUUCCACUAAUUGAUAUUUUGCCAAUAAUUGGGCAAAAUAUCAGAAUUGAGCUGCCUGUAUAAACUCAGCCUAACAUCCACAUUUAGGAUGUUAUAGUGCACUGAAUAUUGUACCAACUUUAUUAUAGGAGGAACUUUAUAUAAGGUAAAGUUUUAAUAUUUAUACCCCAAUGAAAAUUGGCAUUUCACACUUGCAUUGUCUUCCUUUCAGUUCAAUGUGGUGUUGACUUAAUGCAGUGCAGUUGCUGCUUUCCAAUGAGUAUGUGAAAUAAAAUAAAUCAAUGAUG